AGCUGCAGAGGUUUGACGAUGGAGCAUCUGUACUGCUCAUAUGGAUGCAAAAGGAAACACAAGGAAACCGUAAUCCUUUUCUGUUACUGAUAUCUUCUGAAACAGCUCGUUUUGGAGGCGCCGGAUUUUCUUUACUUCGCGCGAAUUUUCUACAGGAAUCAUUAAGAUCCACAGGUCUUUAGAUUCACGAGCAUCGCCAUGGAACAGCAGCAUCCGCUUCUAGUUUAAGUCGCUUACGGAUGUUUGUAUCUCGACCUCUCUGUGUCAGUGAUGUAAACAUCUGCUGUAAAUAGAAGACUCAAUCUGAGACGCCGCCCUGUUAUUAGAACUCCCAGCAUGGCAACUCAAAUGAGACUUGUGUUGCAUUUGCUAUUGCUGUUUCUAUUUGCUGUGCAGGAGGUCAGGCUGGUGUGUGUGGAUGUGGAUUCAGACAGAGAGGCCAUUGUAGGUCAUGUCAUGAAGUUAACCUGCAUCUACUGCAUGAAACGAGAGGAGAUCUCCGCCGAGACCAAAGUGGUGUGGUCCUACACCGGUCCGGAUAAUAAAACAGUGCCUAUCUAUCUGUAUGACAAUAAGCCACAAGAGCCAGAGGAUGUAGAACUGCAGUGGAAGGGCCGUCUGAUGUGGAACGGCAGCAAGGACCUGCAGGACCUCUCCAUUAGUAUCCAAAACGUCACUUUAAACGACACUGGCAAAUACGAAUGUAAGGUGUCCCGCUUCUUUAAGUUCGAUGCAUUCGAGCAUUCCGCCAUCAAGAUAAUCGAAAUCGAACUGGAGGUGAAAAAGAAAGCGAGUGAAGACACCGCGGCGAUGUACUCUGAGAUCAUGAUGUAUGUGCUCCUGGUGUUCCUCACAUUCUGGUUGCUGGUGGAGAUGGUCUACUGCUACAGGAAGAUCUCCAAAUCUGAUGAACAGGCGCAGGACACUGCGACAGACUACUUAGCCAUUCCCUCUGAAAAUAAAGAAAACCCGGGCCCUGCUGUAACGGAAUAAAAGUCUCACACCAUUACGGUACUGACGAGUCUUAAUAGGAACCGAUUUAAAAUGGAGAACAGGCACUGAAAGCUCUGAAAGCUGCUCUGAGAAACCAGGAGACCUGCCAAAUCAAAUCCCUCUCGUCUUGAUAAUGUUAUGUGUGGAACAAACUCUCGACUGGUCCAUUAUCUCCCACUGACUCAGUGGAAGUCCGCACUAACACACAUCUUAUCUCAGACUGUUGAGGUUCUGUAUGUGUCUGUGUCUGUCCUCAACUUUUGCCUUAGUAGAGACACAAAUACAGCAGCCCAGAGCUGAAGAGCUAUCAUACUGCCUAUACACGCACUUUUCUUAACCAAAUGGCAAUCAUUAUCGUCAGAAUGCCCAUGUUAGCCUUUCCCUCUUUGGUAUAUGCUGUUCUUACUCUUUUGAUAGAAAUAGAUGAAGAUAAGUCUGGAUUACAAUUAGACUUGGUUUUUAUUGUCGUGUUUUCUAUACAAGGAAUCUCAUUAUAGUAUUUAGUUGUUUUUUUAUUAUUGUUUUUUAUUUUUUAAAAAUUGUUCAAGUCACUCAGCUUUGCCACUUUGCAAUCAAUAAUAAGUAAAAUUGGCAGGUAAACAGCUGUAAUAAGGACAUACUGUGUACAGCAGUGAAUGCUCUUUGUGUGAUUGAACACAUGCUGUCAUCCGUGUUUACAUUGUCAUAGCAGACAUUCUUGUUGCAUUAAAGCAAGUUUAUGGGAUUAAGAUUCAUCAGUCAUUGGACAGAACAGCAUAAUUAUUACAUUAUAACACUGGAUGCUUUGUCAACAAUGGCAGUAGCCACAUUGCAACCUUUUGCUUUUGUUCAGUGGUGUUCAGCAGCAGUUGUGGGAUCUGUAUACCUUAAACAUCUGCUUUAUAAUUCUACAGACUCAUUUCAGAUUGACUGAACAGUUGGCUGGAAGUAGUAACAAAAUCUAUUCAGCUCAGCUGUUAAAAUAACACUUGACUAUGUGGUUGUAUUUCCUUUUUUCACUGUUGCUGUUAUGAAUAUAUAGAUUUUUUUUUUUUUUUUUUUUUUUUUUACAGUGGUGCAGGCUUGAUUCACUGUUAACUUUGCCUUUUGCAUUGUUUCAUAUAGGUCAUUGCCACCACACAAACACUGCGCUUGCUCUACCCUGUUAUAAUGGAGCUGCUCAUCACUUGUCAAAGCUUGUCAUGUGUAUUAAAUUAAUGCAUUUAAAAAAGA